AUGCAGAUUCGUGUCUGCACCUAUUCGCUGCAGCAGCGCAGCAGCAGCCCAGUGACGAGGAGUCGUUGGCUGAGGAGCGACACUGAGGAGGUUUCUCAGCAAUCUCAGGCCCUCAGUAGCUCCCAAACGGAAACUAGAGAAGGCCAGGAAGCGCGGGAUAACGAAAUCAACAGGAUUACCGACCCCCACACUGGGGGUACCACAGCACAGCAGUCUGCACUCAGAGUUAUAGCCGGGAGUGUAGGGCACACUACAAGCAACGUCAAGAAGGCGUUGCUUGCUCUUCGCGAGGAAGAGAAGGCACAGCAGGGGCGCAACACAGCUCCAGAGUCGCUUUAUGGCAAACUGAAGAAGCGGGCUCUGGAAAGAAACCUCCAUACAGCGCGUCGCCGCCUCAUCAGCGUCCUACAGGGGGCGUCGGCUCAGCAGCUUCAAACACUGUAUCAAACAGACCGAAGGAAGUGUGUGGAGAAAAUCCUAGCCGACAAAUAUCACCCGAGAAGCCAAGACUGUCCUAUUCCACUCACUGAGCUGGAAACAUACUUUAUGCAUCAACACUCUGAGCAAUCUAUUGACACCCACUGCCAAGUUGCUAAUGAGUUCCUAGAUCCUUUGGCUGCAGCUCCUGGAGGGGCUAAGCGGAUUGAUCUUUCCUUCACAGAAGAGGCGAUGACUGCGAUAUAUAACGCUUGUUCCCAGCAUCGAAAAGUGCCAGUGAAGUGGAAGCAGGGCGUGACGGUAUUGAUCCCGAAAGGCGGAGACCGAACGAGGGUCAAGAACUGGCGACCGAUCAAUCUGCAGGACUGCACCUACAAACUCUAUGCAGCCAUGUGCAAGGCAUCACUGUACAUGACCUACUGCGACCUGAAAAAUGCGUUUGCGCCCAUACCUAACAAGCUCAUACACACUGCCUUGCAGGCUCAGCGGCUUCCGAAGCAUCUUCAGGAGAUCGUCAGCGAUCUCUACGAAGGAGCAAGCUUCAGCAUUUUGACGAAGGAGGGCUCCUCAGGAAUCAUCGAGAAUAGGAGGGGAGUCAAGCAAGGCUGCCCCCUUAGCCCUAUCCUUUUCAGCCUUGCCAUUGAUCCGCUGUUGCGGCGGCUGGCAGCAUGCAAUGCAGGCCCAGAACUACACGAGUUGAAGACCGUUGCCAACAGCUGUGAGGGGAUCAGCAGCCUUCAUCAGGUGGUGACGGCAUUCUUCCAAUGGACAGGUUUAGAGGCCAACCCGUCCGAAUGCGCUACCAUGGGAUGGAAGGUGGUCCAGACCAAACAGCAGCCGGAUCCAGUCCAACUCCGGCUGCACAAUGAGGUCUUGCCGGUGGUGAAGCUUGGGGAGGCCUACAAGUAUCUUGGACUCAAGGAUGCCCUAGAAACUACCGUACACCAAGGCCAAAUCCUUCGAGUCAUGAGCAAAGUCAAAAAAGACUUUGCUAAGAUCCUCAGGUCGGCAUUACUCCCCUGGCAGAAGUUGGAUGCUGUGCGUACCUUUGUGAUGUCUCGGCUUGAUUAUCAUCUCAGGCACUGCUACCCCUACAAACAGCAGAUGGUCUUGUUCGAUCGUCAUAUCCGUGCCAUUCUGAAAGCGACGUUCAAGCUUUCAAAGAGCACGGCUACAGAGGUGUUUCAUCAGCCCUCCUCUCAGGGGAGAUUAGGAUGUACAUCGCUGCAGACGAUCGCAACAGCAACGCAAAUAGGACACGCCGUUCAGAUGCUCAACAGCAAGGACAGCAUGAUCCAAGCCGUUGCAGAAGGCCAGGUGCUAGAGGUCAUCAAGAGGGCGUAUGUAUACACACCCGAUAGUGAUGAGAGUGACCGAGUAGCAAUACUUGCAUACCUCAACGGACGAGACAUUGGAUGUCUCAAGAAGAGGAGCAAGAAGGUGGAUAUUAGAAGCUUAUGGUCGGAACUCCCAGGAAACAUUUCGGCGAGCAAAACGCGGAUCGAGACUGGGAGUGAUGGCAGCUAUCUGGUGAAGACGGCAGAUGGCUCCACUCUCGACCAAGAGCAUAUUAUUAGAAGUAUCAAGCACCCCGACCGUGAAACACUUGCGCACGUCCUUAAUCACUGUCCUCACAGCCUUGACAGCAAAAUCAAAGAAAGACAUAACAAGGCUUUGGAGAGGAUCACAACAGCCAUCAAACGCAGCGGGGUGAAUCGUGGGAAAACUAUCCAGAUCGACAGCUGUCCAACAGACAUAGAGACCUUAUUGAGGCCAGAGAUCAUUCUGAGAGACGGCCAGUACAAGCAGAUGGCAAUAGCUUAUGUAGCUAUUGUUUUUGAAGGCUAUGAGCAGAACUCGUUUUGA